AUGCGCCCAAAAUCCACCAAAAAUGCGCUUUUUUAUCUUAUUGGUGGCACGCUUGCCGUUGUGAUCGUUUACACAAAAUCCAGAACGCUCGGCACUGCGUCAAACGAUCGGGUAAUCUUCCGGCAGUUGGGUGAUGAGAGAGGUGGUCGUGUGACUGUUAGACAGAACAUCUCCACAUUGACAGGGGGUCAAUACCUAUCGCACAAAGAAACCGAGGAGUCGAAUCCAUCGCCAGAUGAUCAGAUAAAUAUUUUGGAAGAACGCACGGGCGACGAUGUUAACACUGCCUCUGUGACUCGGACAUCAUUAUCGGACGCAUCCGUGAUGGACAUCUCUCGUAACUGGACUAACUCAGGCGAUAACGAGCGUCAAACGACCAAACCAACCUCACCAACAAAUACCAAUUUAUCAGCUGUUUUGCAUAAUCUGUCCUCGUUAGUGGCAUUAGCCAGUGCACCUGGGUCUGGCAACACCUGGGUGCGUCACCUAUUGGAAGAGGCAACGGGGCUUUUCACGGGUUCCGUCUACCUUGAUAAAAACCUUAAACGUGGAGGUUUCAUUGGGGAAAAAACCAAAUGGGAUUCUGGCAUGACGAUCGCCGUCAAAUCUCACGAGACGUGGCCGAGUAUUCGGAGAUUUUCGGGUGCCAUCGUUUUAGUUCGGAAUCCAUUCCAGUGCAUAAUCAGCGAAUUCAACCGAAAGUCUACGAGAAAUCACAACGCUCUUGCAGUGUGGACUGAAGAUACAAAAGACGAUGAAUUUUGGCAUUCGAUAGUCUCCAACCGAACGCAGUGGUGGGAAGACUUUGCAAACGCCUGGCUGACAACAUUUGACAAGCCAAUACUGGUAUCACGGUACGACGACCUUCUAAACAACACCAUUGCGGAGCUUACCCGUAUGUUGGACUUUUUGAAAAUACCCGGCGAUAAUCGGCGCUGGCAUUGUGUGCUGAACGACAUGGAAGGAAAAUUCCACCGUCACUCGGACGUGGAUCAAAAGCUCCAGUACGCGUCAUUUACACCCGAAAUGCGUAAGAGAAUCACGGCAGCGUUGGAUCGCGUGUCAGCACUUUUAGUGAAAAGGGGUUACACACCACCUGAACGGAUAUUGGAAUUAGAGCUUAGAUGA